AUGGAGCAGAAGGAUAAAGAAAUCAAACGCUUAACGCAGCUGGUCAUCGACUUAGAAUGCGAUAAAACAAUUCUUCAGGAUCUUUACGAUGACCAGUCAGUCCACAUUGUCACACAGGCUGUGGCAGAAAAGCAACCCCCUAGCCCAAUGCAACACAAUAUUAGCCCACCUUCUAGGGUCAAGCGUAUAAAGGAAAACGAUCGCAAACAACAUCGCUUGCCUGACUUCCAGUACCCAGACUUACCUGGCCAAAAGCAGCCCCAUCCAGUUGAAAUGGUUGAAGAUGUGGAGAAACACCCACCAGCGAAGCAGCCAAAAAAAUUAUCCUUGACUAACAAGUUCAAAGUCUGGAGCAAGAUGUCCAAACAAGACAAACAAAAGGUCCAAGCUUUACAAAAAAGUGGAGGCGAUGAGCUGCUGUUGUGGAAAGGAGAUUCAAAGGCUACACAUGUGUAUUUUGAUGACAUUGUCAACCUUAUCAAGGAGGAAUUAAUACACAGCAAUCUCAUAGAUGCAUAUGCUGAACUGUUGCAUGAACAACAAGAGGUGGUCAACCCAACUUCAGAUGAAGCCUCAUUGAUCUUCACGAGCAUGUGUUUGAAAGUGAUACGAGAGUACCAUCCUCGCAAAAGGAGUAAACACAUUGAUGCACAUGUCAAAAACUACCAAGGAGAGAGAUACCUACUAUUCUCAUUGCAUCAUGAGUACCACUGGACGAUAGUUGUGUAUGAUGCUAAAGACAAUUUGUGGAGGCAUUACAACUCAUUGCGCCCAAGAACAAGCAUACAUAACCCGCAUAUCGACCAAGCACAGGAAGUUAGGAAGUACAUUGAGCAUGUUGUGAGCGUUAUUGGCGAGUCAUCACCGCUAUACACUAAGUUAGCAGGCCAAAAUCCAGCACAACCAAUCAAAAGUGUUGAUGUUUGUCCUCAGCAAGGCGACGACUCGUAAGCCUCACUACUUUUUUUUCAAAUCCUCCAUAACCAUUAUGCAAAUAUUUAUGUCAACUGCUAAUCAAAACCAUUUCGCAUUUACAGAGUGGACUGCGGACCU